GCUAAAAUGAUAAUAACAAUUUUCAAUGGCGCCUUACAGUCGCCACUCGAGUUCGAAGGGUUAAGCGCCAGCGACGUUCCAAGCAGGUGGUUGAUGCCGAAUUAAGUGAUCCCACAUGGUACCGCUUCGCCGAUGCGUACACGCGCGUAUGAAUUCUUACUGUUCCCGUUCAGAGGCCCGUAAAUCAGGCUUGAUUAAGGUGGCAAAUAUUCCUUAUGCGAUUAAUUUCAAAGCGCUUUGACAGUCCAAAUAGAUAGACGCGAACGCGUCGGCCAAUAUUAAAGCAUUAGGAACGGUUCUUCGGAUUUAGUGGUUCGAAAACCGCUGCGACGUCGACAUCGGUGGUAGUUCGCGAUUGCGUUCACGACUGUGACUGCGACACUUGAGAUUAAAGUAUAAUCAAACGCGUAGCAUACACAUCCCCCAUUCGUCUCGAUGACCAAGUUGAUUUCACCGAAAUGGAGAAAGAUCGAAGAACGGAAGUGAAGAAUCCGCGACAGAGGGCCAAUGCGUUAUCGAUUCUAUCAUUCUCGUGGACAUGGAAGCUGUUCGCCAAGGGGUACAAACGGGAAUUGAACGUGGACGAUCUCACCGAUCCUCUGCAAGAGGAUAGGAGCAGCAGUUUAGGCCGGCGCAUUGUGAAAAAUUGGGAGGACGAAGUGAAACAAUGCGAGACGAGGAAGGACGGCUCGAAGCCGAGCUUGUUCCGAGUGCUUUACAGAUGCUUCGGUAGCAUAGUCCUAUACGCCGCGUUGUGGAUAUUCCUUCAGGAAUUCGUUCUACGAAUCAUUCAGCCGUUUCUGCUGGCUAGAUUGUUGCGUUAUUUUUCCGGGAAUAAGAAAACAUGGACCACAGACAUGUAUUAUUACACGACGGCGUUCUGUCUGGUCCCUUUCCUCGACGGCGUUGUCACGCAUUGGGCUCUUCAGACCUUGAUGCACGUGGGCAUGAAGAUCAGAAUCGCUUGUUGCACACUGAUAUACAGAAAGAUCCUGAAACUGUCCAAUUCCGUCCUCGACAACGACACGUCCACCGGACAGAUGGUGAACUUCCUGAGCAACGACGUGAACAGGCUCGACUUCUUCGUCUUCAGCAUUAAUUACUUAUGGAUCGGACCGCUUCAAAUGAUGCUAGUUACUUAUCUUAUAUUCCGUGAAAUCGGAUUGGGAGCCGUAACCGGAAUGUCGGUGGUCGCGAUGAGCAUACCAUUGCAACUAUACCUCGCUCGAAGAGUGUUGCGUUUCAUCGAUGGUUCGGCGAAGAAAACCGACUACAGGCUCAAGCUAAUGAAUCAGAUCAUCGCCGGGGCGGAAGUGAUCAAGAUGUACGUUUGGGAAAUACCAUAUUCUCUUCUUGUGGAGAAUGCCAGACGGAAAGAGGUGGACCUGCUAAAAAGAUACUCCAUUGUCACGCACUUCGGUUUAACGUUCGACUACAACAUACCUCGAAUCAGCCUCUUCGUAACGAUACUGACGUACGUCUUGACCGGCCACAAUAUUGAUGCGGAGAAAGUGUUCAUGAUAACGUCGUUUUAUACAAUCAUCCGCAACUCAAUGACCGUCGCCUUCCCAAUGAGUGCUAAUCAGUUGGCCGAAGCGACAGUCUCGGUGAAACGUCUCGAGAAGUUCAUGAUGUAUCCGGAGAGGUCCGACUCUCGCACGGCGCAUCACCAAUCGGCCUCGCAGUCGACGCCCGUGUACUUAAAAAACGUCACUGCCAGGUGGGACCCGUUCAGGGAAUACACGUUGCAGGACGUGGACCUGUCGGUGAAAGCGGGUAACUUUAUAGUCAUAAUAGGUCAAAUAGGAUCUGGAAAGAGUAGCCUAUUGCAGGCGAUACUUCGGGAGUUGCCGUUGGAGAAGGGUGUCCUGGAAGUGCACGGAAAGAUCAGUUUCGCGGAUCAGCAGCCUUGGCUUUUCGCCUCCUCGGUGCGACAGAACAUUCUGUUCGGCCAGCCGGUGGACGAGGCCCGUUACGAAGAAGCGAUUCGGGUGUGUCAAUUAACGAGCGACUUGGCCAGCUUUCCGCACGGCGAGGGCACGAUGGUCGGUGAACGAGGGAUUAAAUUGAGCGGCGGUCAGCGGGCUAGGAUCAACCUCGCCCGGGCUGUAUACGCGGAGGCCGAUGUUUACCUGUUCGACGAUCCUCUGUCUGCCGUGGACCCCCACGUGGGCAGUCGAAUCGUCGAAGAAUGCAUCCGCGGCUACCUGAGGAGCAAAACUAGAAUCCUGGUCACUCAUCAAACACAGUACUUGAAAUUCGCCGAUCAGAUCAUCGUGAUGGACAAUGGAAGAGUGGCGGCUAAAGGCAAUUUCGAGGAGCUGCAAAAUAUGAAUCUGGACGUGACGAGGAUCUUCCAGAAAACGCACGAGUGCAGAGAGUCCAAGGAAUCGGAGGACAGGAAGGAAAAGAAACAGGUGAUCGAGGACGCGAAAGAGGUGAAGGCCGUUGCCUCCGAGGAGCCGAUCGAAGUUGCCGAAACCAGGUCCGUCGGCAGUAUUUCGAUCGGAGUCUUGUUAACCUAUCUGAAAGCGAGCAAUAGCAUGUUCCUGCUCGUUCUAACGGUACUGUGUUUCACGAUCGGCCAAGGGAUGACGAGUAGCAUCGAUUAUUUGGUCGCCUUCUGGGUGAACAGCGAGGUUGCGUCGUAUGUUAAUAUCGAGAAUGGUACGCAAUGGCAUGGCCCACUGACUCGAAAUAGUAUUAUCUAUAUUUAUAGCGGAUUGACUGUGGCCGCCGUGUUCGUCUAUGUGAUGCAAACGUUCCUGUAUUACGAGGUUUGCAUGGGGUCCUCCAGAAAUUUACACGCACGCAUGUUUCGCAGCAUCGUGCGCACUGCCAUGUAUUUUUAUAAUGUCAAUCCUGCUGGCCGUAUACUGAACAGGUUCUCCAAGGAUAUCGGUAUGAUCGACAAACAUCUGCCGUUCACUAUGAUGGAUGUCAUAUUGAUGGCGUUAACUUGCAUGGGUACCGUAGUGAUCCUUUGCAGCGUCAGCUUCUGGCUGCUCAUACCAACAACCAUACUAACUAUCGUUUUGUAUUAUAUGCGGGUAAUAUAUAUUACGACUAGUCGGGCCGUCAAACGCCUCGAGGGUGUCACACGAUCGCCGGUGUUCGACCACUUAGGCGCCACGCUGCAAGGUCUCGCAACGAUCAGGGCGUUCAAGGCCGAGAAGUUAGUAACCACGAACUUCGAUAACCACCAGGACCUGCACUCCUCCGCCUGGUACCUCUUUUUUUCCUGCUCGCGUGCUUUCGGCCUCUACAUCGAAACGAUCUGCACGUCGUACAUGAGCCUGGUGACGGUCAUGUUCAUAGUGUUCGAUGACCUGGCGGUCGCUGGUGACAUCGGUCUGGUAAUCACUCAGAUCGUCGCAAUCGUUAUGAAUCUGCAGUGGGGUAUAAGGCAAACGGCCGAGCUGGAGAACAAUAUGACAUCUAUAGAAAGAGUCUUGGAGUACAGUAACCUCGAGGAGGAACCAUUCUUGGAAAGCAAGCCGGAUGAAAAACCUCCGGAAGACUGGCCCACGAAGGGGCUCGUGGAGUUCAGGAACGUGAAGCUAAAGUACGAACCCAAGGGUGCCUAUGUCUUAGAAGACAUCAAUUUUGUGAUCAUGCCCAAAGAGAAGGUUGGCGUCGUCGGGAGAACCGGCGCUGGCAAGACAUCAUUGAUCAGCGCGCUCUUCCGGCUAGCUUACAUCGAGGGCGAAAUCCUUAUAGACGAUAUAGCUACCCACACAGUGGCGUUGCAGGACUUCCGUUCGAAGAUUAGUAUUAUCCCGCAAGAGCCGGUUCUGUUCAGCGGAAGUCUGCGCCGUAAUUUGGAUCCCUUCGAUGAGUACUCCGACACCGUUUUGUGGGAGGCUCUGGAACAAGUCGAGCUCAAGGAGACCAUAUCUGACAUGGCCGCCGGUCUGAAUACCAAGGUGGCCGAGGAUGGGUCGAACUUCAGCGUUGGUCAACGUCAAUUAUUAUGCCUUGUUCGAGCUCUGAUUAGGAAUAAUAAGAUCAUGGUGCUAGACGAAGCCACUGCCAACGUCGAUCCACAGACCGACUCCCUGAUCCAACAGACGAUCAGGAAGAAGUUCAUGGAUUGUACUGUCUUCACUAUAGCGCACAGGCUAAAUACUAUUAUGGAUAGCGAUAAGAUUCUGGUAAUAGACCGCGGCCGCCUCGUGGAAUUCGACCAUCCGCACGUUUUAUUACAGAAGAAAGGCUAUUUUUACGAUAUGGUGCAGAAAACUGGUACUGCGAUGGCAAAUAGUUUGACGGAAGUGGCGAGAAACUUUUUUUACAGGAAAAGCGAAGCAUCGACUUGAAGAUUGUGAAUUUCUGUCAAUAUUAAAGAUACAACGACAUUCGAACACACUUUUUGAUACAUAGAAUUUGUAUUUUAGUGAUCAAAACUUGCUAGACGUGUCUUCAACUAUACAAACGAAGUGUAAUGCUUACACACCAAAGUAUUAUCUACGAAUGAUUGAUUAUUCGUUUAGCAUAAGUAUAAAUAUCGAUAACUUUUUUCUAAGGAAAUCACCGCCAUUUAGAUACUACGAAACAGAAACUAUUGAGGUAUCCGAAAAGAACGUAAAAAAAAAAUUUUUCUUAUUAAUAAAAAAUAAUUUAUAUACUAUCAAUGUAACUAAAUUUUUUUUACCUUUAAACAAGUAUGCGAAAUAUAGCACAGGAUAACUUUAA